GCCAUGGCGAUUUUGUGUUUAUUUACAAAUGGCGAACGAGGCUUUGGCAAAGGCGGGUCUCUACGUCGAUGAACUUAAUAAGAUAAGAAUUGCUGAUCCAAACAUAACGAGACAAACGCAAGAAUUAAAGGACGACUGUCACAAGUUCGUCGACAGAAUGGUAGAAUUUCAAGGCAUUGUGAACAAAUCUAUCGCCGUGUCCAACAAACUGGCGAUUUUAGUCGAGCAAGAGAAACUAAAGGCAAUCGGGUCCAGAAACCUGUUGGAGUCUGUAGCAAAGGACAGAGAAAUGCAGCAACAGCAACUCCACGCCCUCGUGCUGGAAAAGAAAAUUGAACUGGAAAGGCUCAAGGUCCAACUUAAUACCCUGAAGAAGGAAGAGGCUGAACAAAAUGAACUGAUCGAACAGUUUCUGCUUCAAAGAUGAGCGUCUAUGCUGCAGCAAGCUUUCCAGGCAUCUAGUCUAUGUAGUGGAGAGACUUCCAUACAUAUUGAGAGAAAACACCAAUGUUGAGAAUAAAAUUAGGUAACAAA